AUCUGCCAGAGCAGUGUAUGCUAGCUGCAGCUAGCUUGUCUACGUCGUCAACAAGCGUCAACAACUAAAAAUCACUAAAACCUAUUUCAGCCCACUCUACUUUGUGUUCAAUGCCGUUAUGAAGAUCAGAGUGAAAAGAUUCUUGCCUCCUCUAUUUUACGGGGUUGUCGGCUACAUCGUGAUCAACAGUAUCAUCACAUUUUUACAAGACCUGCGAGGUAGCAGACAUGUUAGCUAUGAUCAAUACAGGAGACUGCUUGAGGAAAAAAGAAUGGACUUACCGGACAUGAGAUUUGAUAAGACAACAGAAGUGAAUGACAAAUUUUUGGAGGAGGACUGGUGGAAGCUGAUGGAAACAGUUCAAGCAGAACGAAAAUUCAGAUUAAGGAAAGUCUGUCAGUCCCUUUACAAUCGGUCGGUGCAAGAUCCUGCGUACCUUGCCUCACACAAAAACCAACUCCGCUCCCUAAUUGUGAAUGAGAAGUUCCACUUCAUCUACAGUAUUGUGUACAAGGUGGGCUCUACCAAUUGGGAACGGGUGAUAGUGCAAGACUUGGAGGGAUACUUGAACGUGCCAAAUCAGAAGCUUUACUCGCACAAAGCACUCCAGUGGAUGCCCAAGUACAGGGAAGAGCAGGUUAAAGUGCUCUUGGAGAACUACACUAAAUUUCUCUUUGUGCGGAAUCCGCUCUCUAGAAUACUCUCGGGCUAUCGGGAUAAAUUUGUGGAUCACAAAAAUUCAGUAUUUACCAGUCUAGCACGACGCAUCAUCAAGCAGCACAGGACCGGCUCGGCCGCUGAGAGCUCAAGCCAGAAUGUGACGUUUACGGAGUUCAUCUCCUACCUCGUCGAAUCGGCUGAAAACCGAGGGAAUCCGCACUGGAAACCGAUUUACACGCAGAAUUUGCCGUGCGAGAUUGACUAUGACCUCAUUGGGCAAUUGGAAGAUGCAAGCGAUGAUAUUCCCUACGUGCUUAAGAGGAUUGGCAUCUGGAAUGUAACUGAUUAUGGGAAAGGCCCGCCACGGAAGAAUACUGACGAGGAAUUGAUGAAGAGGUAUUAUUCUGAGGUGCCAACAAAGUUGUUGAAAGAGCUUUACAAUAUUUAUGAACCGGAUUUCCAUAUGUUUGGAUAUGCUAUGCCACUCUUUGUAUAGUUGCAAUUAUAUAAUAUUGAAUAACCUUGAGGGAAACAUCAAAUAUAUUGCCCGCAACAGAAUCAUAUUGGUCUCGAGUCUUGAGAUGAGGGCAAUAUAUUUGAUGUUUCCCAAGAAUACAGCCAGUCAAUGUUAUUAGUAUCCAAAUUAGGCAUUGAGAUCAAAGUUGCAUAGAGACAUUUUACCCAUAGGAUUAUAGUGUGGUGUGUUUAUACCAGGAGCUCAUAUCUUUGUGACAUGAUUAUCAAAUGUUAUGUUAUUGGUGCGUAGACAAUGUUUCAACGUCACGCGUAUCUCUUUCUACGCAUCCUCAGAUGCCCGGAUGCGAGUGUGGAAAAUAGAAAGGUACUGUAUUGUUUUCAUUGUCUUUGCAUGCAAGCUCAGUAAACGUGGUGAGAAACCGAACAAAGUACAAAGAGCAUAUACCCUUUUCCUUACCAACAUUCAUUAAAACAAGGGCAUUGCAAUUUUGUAAAUCACCAACUCAUUUGUCUGAUAUUGGUAGUAAUAAUUUGAUUUGUUUUGCUGUGAGAUAUUUGUUUUUACUAAAAUCAAUGAAUUUCCUGUAUAUCAUUAUAAGCUGAAUCCUGGCAAUGGAGGAAGAAAUUAUUUCUAAUUUGCUAUGCAGGAACUAUAAUGUAUAACUACUGUACCAAAGUUUUUUCUUAUGUCAAUGAAAUGUUACUUAAUAUGAUUACUGCCUUUUCAGAAAAAAUGUGUUCAGAAUCCAGUACUUCUAAUCUUUGAUUUGUCAGUAUUCAUUGUACUCAUGAGGUCGUUCUACAGUGCCUACUAUUUUACAGAAAGUGUUCAUUCUAAUUUUUUAUAGAACACUUAUAUUAAGUAUAAUAAAGCAUUACCAAAGAUUUUUUUUCUCAUAUUGUUGGCAUGAAUGUAUGUUGCUUAUGAUCAUUGCCUUUUAUGAAAUAAUGUGUUUAAGAAUUCAGUACUUCUAGAGUUAUUGAUGUUACAAUAUUUAAUAAUUCAUAUUGGUUCAAACCAAUAACAUGUACCUGAUGUUAUGCUAUAUCAAGUACUAUUUUAAAUUUGAUACUGUUCAGACUUCAGAAUGAUGGAAUAAUAAAGAUUUUUCCAAGAAAUCUAUGCAAUUUUUAAUGAUAUUAUUAUAAUAAAGUGUGCAGGUUAUUUUUUUACUUUUAUAUAUUUAUUCAUUUUGACAAUGCCAUGGUAUACAUGUAUUACAUGUAUGUACAUUUUAUGAUCAUUAUCAGUAGAUUGACUCUUAAU